AUGGGGAUCAACGCUCUGCGCAGCAUUGCCUUGGCCGACUUCCAAAAUCAGAAAUUUCAAGGGGAAGCUGCAAUCCAGAAGUACAGUGUCAUUAGUGCUGAGUCUACUGUAGCAGCGCAAUUGCAACUCGAAGAGCGUGAAUCCACGCUUCCCGACAUCGAGCGACUGUGUGAGAGUAGCGAGACGCCGCUGCUUAUCGUGAAAGUCUUAUACCAGCGACCAAUUUCUGAUCACAUCUUCGAUUCUACGCCAGAGGAGUGCAGGAGGCUUCUGGAGCUUCUCCAAAUCGACUCAUAUGGUCUUGGGCUAGUAGCCAACGAUGCGAACGGCUUCCAUAGUCUAGGGGAGGAUCCUUCGACUGGAACUGCGAGCUUUUACCUCCAAUGCACGGCUUACAAAAUCCUCUGGUCUUAUGACCCCGCAACUCGACGCUGUCGGGCAGUGGCUUUCUCAUUCAACCGCCCCAUGGCAAGGAAGGGUUUUGAAGACUUCAAGGCAUCUCUGCAGUGCAAUGGAGAGCUCCUCUCACACCCCCUAAUCCUACCCAUGGCCUGCCUUGCUCAGGCAGUGGGUUUUAUGGAUAGCUUGCUCCGCAGACAAUACACAAAGUGCCACAAGACGGAGAAUUCCAUAGGAUAUCAUCACCCUCAGCGAGUCAUUUCGCAGUCUUCGCAGGACUUGAAUGAGCUUUCGGAUCUCUCGAAGGAUACGAACGCUCUUAAGCUGGAGGUGGAGAUGAUCUUGCGACGACUAAGGCAGCUGCUCGCGGCUAUCGAAGUAUACGCUGUUAUCCAGAGAGACUUUCAGAGCUCCGCAUAUGCAGAGGCUGAAAAUAUGUCAGAGCUUGACACUUCCGCGUCGGUAGCAAAGGCGCUGAGCCUCACCAAAACUAAGCUGGAUGUUAUGGAACUUGAUUUUAUUUACGUCGGUGCUAGAGCCGACGCACUUAUUAGCACGAUCUUCCAUCUCAUGACACGCAAUGAUGCUCUUGCCACCAUCGAAGUCGCACGUGCCACAGCUCGCGACAGCUCUUCGAUGAAAGUUCUUGCCAUCAUGACAAUGGCCUUCCUUCCAGGCACAUUUUUUGCCGCCCUCUUCUCAGUACCCUCACUGCAGUGGAAUACGGAACCGGUGGUACAGGACAAGUUCUGGGUGUACUGGGCGUUCACGUUGCCUUUCACUGCGCUUGUCUUCACCCUUUGGGCUCUUCUCACCCAGGCGGAAGAACUUGGUAAGCUUCGAUCAUGGGUCUGCCAGAUCAAGUCAAAUGCGUCUACAUCGCACAAAAAUAAACAGUUGCUGGAAGAUGAGAGGCUAGGGAUAUCGGGGAGAGAUUCUAGGCUUGGAGAGCAACUCAAGGAGCCGCUUUCAACUGUGCAGUACAGGUCGAGAGAAACUUCCAAAACCUGGGAAGUCUAG